AUGAGUAAACGAGAAAAUAAAAAUGUACUGUCAAAUUAUUUUUCUAAACUUCCAAAGACUGAUAAUGUUCCUAUUCUUCUACCACAAAUAGACACGCCAGCGCCAUCAUGUAGUCAUUCACCCAUAUAUUUGCAAACAAAUGAAAAUAAUAUAUUAAAAUUGGACGCGGAGCAAAUAAUUGAAGACAACGAUAUUGGCUACUGUUUCGGUAAAAAUUUUCAAUUAGGAUGGAUUAAGCGUUUUCCUUGGGUUGUUUAUUCGAGAAUCGGUGAACAAGGUGUAGUUUGUAAAUAUUGUGCGAUAUUUGGUCGCAAAUUUGGUGGCAAAGGCAGUCACCAGAAAAAAGCGAUAGAGAAAUUUAAUGAACAUAGUAAAACUGAAUUUCACAAAUCUAAUGCUAUGCGCGCAGAUAAUUUUGUAGCUGUUUAUUCCAAAAACUGUCAAAAUAUUAUUCAAAAAUUAGAUUCAGCGCGUACUAUUCAAAUUUAUCAAAAUAGAAAGAGAUUAAUUCCUAUUAUUCAAACAAUUAUUAUUUGUGGGCGUCAAGAAAUAGCUUUACGUGGUACUAGCGAUUACGGACCUCUCUCUUUAGACAAUUCUGAACCUACUUACAAUGAUGGUAACUUUCGAGCAUUAUUGAGAAUGCGCAUUUCGUGUGAAGAUAAAAAUCUAACAUAUCACAUUGAGAAUCAAGCGUUAAAUGCUUCAUAUAUAAGUCCUAUGAUUCAAAAUAAUUUUAUAAAUAUAUGUGGAAAAAUUAUACAAGACCAGUUAGUUAACAAAAUUAAUCAGGCAAAAUGUUUUUCUGUAUUAGUCGACGAGUCAACUGACGUAUUGCGUGUUGAACAACUGUCAUUGUGUGUACGUUAUUUAGACAAUAAUUUAAAUAUUGAAAAAAAUGAAAUCAACAAUUAUGUAUUGAAAGAAGACUUCUUACAAUUUGUACCGGUAAAUUCUACCACUGGUCAAAAUUUGGCCACAGUAAUUCUAGCUACUUUAAAAAAUCUUGGUAUAAAAUGUGACUAUUUACUUGGCCAAGGCUAUGAUGGCGCCGCAGCCAUGAGUGGUAAUUUUAAAGGAGUACAGUCUGUUAUAAGAGAAGUACAUCCCGCUGCACUUUAUGUCCACUGUAGUGCACAUUCGUUAAAUUUAGCACUUGCUCAUUCGUCAAACAUUCACCAUAUUCGAAAUUGUAUUGGAACAAUAAAAUCUGUAGGAAAUUUUAUUAAAAUAUCGGCUAAACGAACUGAACUAUUAAAAAAUAAAAUAAAAGAAUUCCUUCCUGAAACCAAAUGGACAAAAUUAACUUCCAUGUGUGAGACUAGGUGGGUUGAAAAUCAUGAUGGUAUGCUUAGAUUUUCAGAAAUAUAUAAACCUAUUGUUGCAACAUUAGAAGAACUACAAUUAUUUGUUGAUAUUGAAACAUCAUCUAAAGCUUUACAGUUAUAUAAGUGUUCGGUGAAAUGUGAUUUAAGUGAAGCAGUAGAUCAUGUUGAAACAGUUUUAAGUGAAGUGAAAGAUAUGCGAACAAAUAUUAAUGAAAAUUUCAAAGAAAUAUUCAAUAAAUCCGAAAAAUUGUUCAUAUCCGUGAACGAGGAAGAAAAAAUAAAAAUACCAAGAUUAGUAAGUCGUUCAACAAAUAGAAUAAAUGUGGAUACCAACAUUCCUGAAGAUUAUUUUCGUAUUGCAAUUGCGAUUCCAUUCUAUGAUGAUUUUAUUAGUCAACUUAAAGAACGGUUUUCCAAACACAAGACGAUUUUAUCGUCUUUGUAUUUAUUAAUACCAAAAAUGUGUUUGAAAUCUCCAAUUUUAGAAUCAGAUUUUAGUAUAUAUUCAGAUUUUAUAAAUGUUGACACAUUACCUUCAGAACUGAAAUUGUGGAAAAGAAAAUGGAUUGCUUUCAAAGAUGUAGAUCGUCCACGUACAGCUGUAGAAGCAUUAAAUUAUUGUAAUCCUGAACUUUUUCCAAAUAUCCAUUUUUUAUUAAAAGUACUAGCUACACUACCGGUUUCUACAGCAACUCCCGAACGAACUUUUUCGACAUUAAAACGCGUCAAGACAUUUUUACGGAACUCUACGGGACAAGAAAGACUAACUGGACUAGCUCUAUUAAGUGUCCAUAGAGAUGUUACGGUUAAUCCCGAUGAAGUGUUAAACCAGUUUGCUCUUCAAAAAGAUAGGAACAUAUUAUUAGUUUAA